UGAGGAGCUUUUUUGCAAAGGAAAGAUUUUUCCUGCAGUGUCAUCCUGACCCCCCCGCAAACUGAAUGACGAGCAAACGUAAACGAGCGGCCGUGCUGAGACGGAGUCAUUCGAAGUUCUCGGAACGUCUGGGAGGAAUAUCCAUGAAGCAAACAAUCAAACGUGAAGCCAUGCUUGCCCCUGCACAAAACAGUGUCGGUGGCGUCUUGGUCUUUUUGAUGAAGGCACCGUGUGACCACGUUUGAUUCUGAGGCCACUUUGACGGUUUGCAGGCUGUCUGAAGUGAGAUCAGAGGCGCGAGAGCCGAGAAGCAAACGUCCAGCCGGGCGAGAAGAUCAGAGGAGACAUUGUGAGUCUGCACCUGGUGAGGUGAGCAAGGCGGUGAAAGCAGCGAUAUCAGCGGGGUACCGCCACAUCGACGGAGCUUUCAUCUACCAGAACGAGGUGGAGGUGGGCGAGGGAAUCCAGGCCAUGAUCAAGGACGGCGUGGUGAAGCGAGAGGAGCUUUUCGUUGUUAGUAAGCUGUGGUGCACUUUCCAUGAAAAGUCCAAGGUUCGGCAAGCUUGUGAGAAGACCCUGAGCGAUCUCAAACUGACCUACCUCGACCUCUAUCUUGUGCACUGGCCGAUGGGAUUCAAGGCUGGCGACGAUCCAUUUCCUUUGGACAGCAAGGACGAAAUUAUUCCUGAUGAUUCUGACUACCUGCAGACAUGGGAGGGGCUGGAGGAGCUAGUCGAUGCCGGUCUGGUCAAAGCCAUCGGCGUCUCCAAUUUCAACCGGGAUCAGAUUGAGAGACUCCUCAAUAAGCCGGGCCUCAAGUACAAGCCUGCCAAUAACCAGGUGGAGUGCCACCCAUUCUUGUGUCAGGAGAAGCUGAUUGACUACUGCCAAUCUCAGGGCAUCGCCGUGACAGCCUACAGUCCCCUCGGCUCCCCCGACAGACCCUGGGCCAAACCAGGCGAUCCUUCACUUUUGGAGGAUCCUGAGAUCAAGGCCAUCGCCAAGAAGCACAACAAAACUUCUGCUCAGGUCCUGAUCCGCUUCCACAUCCAGAGGAACGUGAUUGUGAUUCCCAAAUCGGUCACACCUCACCGCAUCCAGGAGAACUUUGAGGUGUUUGACUUCCAACUCAGCGCCGAGGACAUGAAGACCAUUUUGGGAUUCAAUCGGAAUUGGAGAGUGUGUGGGAUGCACUGGAGCGUGAACCACAAGGACUACCCGUUCCACGCCGAGUUCUGAUGUGGAGGAAUUUGCGGGUGCUGAGUGUGGCUCCAAGACCACUUUGAUUUCUGUUGAGCGCUGCUGGGUACGCUUGCUGCCCUCACAAAUAUUUUCUCCUCUAUUCAUCGUAAACGUUCCAUCUGCGGCAUUCUACAUGUUCUUCCCUUACAUGUGCCCGUGCGUAGCACUUCCUCUUAUUUUCAAGUCAUAUGUGGCACUUGUGACUGCUCGGCGUUGCUGAGUCACGCAUGCUCCUUGUGGUGGCGUUGCUUCAUUUCUUUUCACUUUUCUCGUGCGCGCAAUUCGUAUGACCGCCCGUAUGUUACAAUAAAAAUGUUAAAGCAGUA